UCACUUCCGGGUGCCCCCCCUCCCUCCCCCACCACCGCUUCGCCCCCGCCGCUAUAAGUGAAGCGGCUCGCGUCGUCAGCUCGGCGUCGUCAACACCAUCGGUUCUUUUAUUUGAUAGCUCGCGGACGUAGACGAGCACGACGGAGAAGCGACAUGGAGCUGCCCGACCUGGGGAAGCACUGCAUGGAAGCGACCUGCAAGCGUCUCGACUUCCUGCCGAUGCGCUGUGAUGCCUGCGAGCUCAUCUUCUGCAAGGACCACUUCUCCUACUCGCACCAUGGUUGUGCCUCUGCUUACCGCAAGGAUGUACAAGUGCCUGUGUGCCCGCUGUGUAACAAGCCAGUCCCGGUGGGGAGGGGAGAGACUCCUGAUGUGCGGGUGGGGCAGCACAUGGACCAAGAGUGCCAGUCAACGCGAACCACCAAGAUCUACACCAACCGGUGCUCGCGCAAGGGCUGCAAACAGAAGGAGCUGGUGAAGGUGGUGUGCGACUCCUGUCAGAAUAACUUCUGUCUGAAGCACCGGCACCCAGCCGACCACGAGUGCAUAGCACCGCCAGGCGGCCUAUCCCGUGCUGGUACGGCAGCCGUUAUCAGGGCCGGCUCGAGUCAACGCAAAUCUGCCUCGAGCAAAGCAACGCCUGCGCCAGGGAGGACGCACACCAGCCAACCCACCACACAUGCCGGCCAGCCUCCCUUGCAUGCCGGCCAGCCCGCCGUGCAUGCUGGUAUCCCAAACCGAGGCCCUGCAAGGGACAGAGCUACACUGCCUGCUGCCACAGCACAAGCAAGCCUGCAAGCUGGACUGACAGAAGAGGAAGCCCUGCAGUUGGCUUUACAAAUGUCACUGGCAGAGAAUACACCAGCCCCUCAACACAGCGAGGAUGAUGAAUUGGCUCGCGCCCUGCAAGCCAGCCGCCAGCAACAGGAGCUGGAGCAGCAGCAGCGGCAACAGGCAGCGGGAAGAUCUUCGCGAGACAACAACUGCAGCCUGUGCUGAAUAACGACCCCGCAGGGAGCAGCGACUGUUGUGCUGUUGAAGGAUACACAUCUGGAGAGCAACUUGACUUCUUUUUUAAUUCGAUUCUUAAACCAUCUCGCACAAAAUUGGAUGUCUUGUCUAAAUCUUGCAUUGAGUUAGGGCAGUGGAGCGGUAAUACUCCAUUUACUUAAGAAGUGCGGCAUGAUUUAUCUUUCUGUGUACUCUUCAGAGUGUUGACGUAACAUUUUAUGAACGCUCUUUGUAAACUGAACUGCCCCAUGCCACGUUAUGUUUUUUUUUAGUAACACGUUGCUCGAGGUUGUAUCCUGAAAUAGGAGACUGAGCUUCUUUGUCCCAAGGGUUUCAGGCAAUGCCGAUUAUGGCUUAUUUUGAGCUGCUGCUGCCGCUUGUCCUAGCUUUCGGCAGCGCUCUCGUUUCCAUCUCAGGGUUUGGCCGGCGGCACCUUUUGUCAGCUCAGGGCUUGCUGCAGUAAAUGUUAUUCAAGAAAUCGAGGGGCACAUCCCUGGUUACACCAAUUGGACAUCGUUUGCAGAGACCUCCAGUGUGCGCCACCAUCGGCUGGGAUUUGCGAACUGCCGGAUGGAAUGCCUCUCCAAGCUAUUGGCGUUUCACACCGUCGCACGAUACAACGUCCAUCGCGCGCCUGCCCACAAGCUGCUUUCGUGGCUCCAUCUCCACAAGUGGAGGCUGUCCUCUUGGGCACGUUUGCUCCUUCGGCCAUCUAUCCCGUUGUAAGUCUCGACCUGUGGCCAUCAUCGUCGUUGUCUCUUAUCGCCAUGACGUGUCCUGAUCAAGGGUCAAAAUUGCGUCCGUAACUUGUGCGUGAUCUAAUCCGUAUAUUUCUGUUCUUCAUUUUCUAAGCAUGCAUCUCUCUCCAUGCUUCGUCCACUCGUCAGCUUUUGUUCCAUUUUAGUGACUAGCAGCAGAGAUGAACUCUUGAUGUGUAACGUUUCUGGGUGCUGGCUUAAAAUGAAAAUGCCUGUAGUAUUCAGGUUUAUAUUUAUAAAAAAAAAUAUCUUUCUAAGGUAAUUUACCUUUUUGAGGAAAUUCUUUGUACCUCACAAUUGGCAUCCGAUGCAUGUUUCAUUUUAAUUUACCAUUAUUACAAACACGUGCCUUUCAAUAAAGGUAAAUUGAAAAGCUAAACUGUUGUUUAGCCAAGAAGUAAGCACACUUUUUGGUGUUUUUGCACAGGGUUUUUAAAUGGCCACAGGUGUUUAGUAUUUUUUAUAGGCUAUUAUUAAUAUAGUACUGUCUUAUGAACCUUGGAUACAACUAGUGUCUGAAAAUUAUAUUGAAGACCCUGUGACAUUUGAUAGAAUAGUCCAUUUUAUGUCAGUCCUAGCGCAAUCUAGAAUAAUAAAAUCGAAUUUUAAACAUUCUUGUACCUUAACUAGUGUUUUGGUCUUCGUUGCAAAUUCUUUGAUAUCAUGGAGACAACUAGCAUAUGUAAUACUAUUUGCUAAAUUAUCUGCAGUGUGUGUACAAUGCAGGGGUUAGCGACUUCUUAGCAUUUGACGUAAUUAAACUGAGUUUUAGCAUGGCAAAUGGAUUGGUAGCUCGUGGGGUUUGCACAACACAAGAGAGCGAGUGCACGUGGCACUGAAGUUCGUUUCGGAUGUGGAGCUCCUCUUGCCCUUGAACGACACGAAGAGAUGUUGGCAAUGCUCUUUAUUUAAAAUUGUCAACUUUCCAAUGCCAUAGCCGCUAACUUUUACGAUCACAUUGCACCCGACACGGCAGCUGCGUCUGCUGAGCAUCGUAAUAGUCGACACCUAGCAUUCGCGAUACCCAGGUGCUGCAGGUUACAAUCGAAGGAAGCGCAGUGAAUUAGGACCGAGCAUUGCCAGCGGCAGAGCUGAGCACUGGGACCAGAUCUGACGCGGCUGUUGCUUGGCUGCACUCCACAACAUUGCAGUCUUUAAUCUUUGUGCUGCACCUUGUCUGCUUGAAAAUAAGUCCAUCCUUUUGCAAUAAUUUUUUUUCUUUGGUCGCCGAGUGUGGUGAAUAUCUUUCGGUUGUGAAUAAAGUCCACGUGGUGUGAAGCAGUGAUGCAAUGGUUCGCGCUCUGCGCUCGGAAUCUGGUGACCCGAGUUCGAUUUCCAGCCACUAUCAGUGGCGAGUGAUAACUAAACCGGUCUCGAGUACAGCCCGGCAACUUUCACUGGCCAGCAUGUUAUGUUCAGAUAACCUCCAUGAGCGACACUACGUGGUGGGGGAAACCAUCCAGCAGUGCAUUGACCACGUGCUGCGAAAUGAAUUCAUGAUUGGCCAAGAGCUCAACAGUGAUGUGAGGGAUUGCAUUGGCCCAGCACUUGAAAGCUCUGCCAGGUUACCCGAGUGUGGACCCCUCUUGAUGUGUGUACGGGCAUGAUUUUUAAUGAUAAAUAGUUUGAAGCUUCAAAUCUAGAAUGAAUAGUUUGAAAGUUGGUGUAUGGUGGGAUGGCACGAGUGCAGCAGAGUGCCUCCCUGGGAGUUGGGCUGUACAUUACUUCCACACUUUGGCAGCAAAUGUGUAUACGGUUGUCGGUGACAUGUUUCAACGUGGAAUUAAGGGGCAUGAUUGAUAUAACUUGGAAAGUAUGUGCAUUUGUCUCGUAAAAUAAAAAAAAAUGUAUAAGUGUACUUUACAUAUAUUUAAAACCAAAUAAACAUCUAACCUCUGUCAUACAGAAUAUUAA